AUGGCUGCCCCUCUUGACUUUGAACAUGGAGUAGCUCCUCUCAGUCUUCCUUCGCCCGUGCAGCCGCUGCUCCUUGGAGAUUCUGGCUCCUCCUCUUCCUCAGAAGAUGAACGACCCAAAAGGUCCCAUGUGAAGAAUGGUGAGGUAGGCAGGCGACGGAGACAUUCCCCUUCCCGGAGUGCCUCUCCAUCACCUCGAAAGCGCCAGAAAGAGGCUUCCCCUCGGAUGCAGAUGGGAAAGCGAUGGCAAUCGCCAAUGACUAAAAGUGGUAGAUGGAGGAGAAGUCCCUCCCCACCGCCCGCCAGAAGGCGACGUUCUCCUUCUCCUGCUCCUCUGCCUCGUCGACGCAGGUCUCCCACACCAUCACCACGGCGGAGGACUCCGUCUCCUCCUCCACGUCGUCGCUCACCUUCCCCAAGAAGAUACUCUCCUCCAAUACAGAGGAGAUACUCUCCUUCUCCACCUCCAAAGAGAAGAACGGCUUCACCCCCUCCCCCUCCUAAACGAAGGGCAUCACCAUCUCCACCACCAAAGCGUCGGGUCUCCCAUUCACCACCUCCCAAACAAAGAAGCUCCCCAGUCACCAAGAGACGUUCGCCUUCACUGUCAUCAAAGCAUAGGAAAGGGUCUUCCCCGAGCCAAUCUGCCCGGGAGGCCCGGUCACCACAGCCAAACAAACGGCAUUCGCCCUCACCACGGCCUCGAGCUCCUCAGACCUCAAGUCCUCCACCUGUUCGAAGAGGAGCAUCAUCGUCACCCCAAAGAAGGCAGUCCCCAUCUCCAAGUUCUAGGCCCAUUAGGAGAGUCUCCAGGACUCCGGAACCCAAAAAGAUAAAAAAAGCUGCCUCACCAAGCCCUCAGUCGGUAAGGAGGGUCUCAUCUUCCCGAUCUGUCUCGGGAUCUCCUGAGCCAGCAGCUAAAAAGCCCCCAGCACCUCCGUCACCUGUCCAGUCUCAGUCACCCUCCACCAACUGGUCACCAGCGGUACCGGUUAAAAAGGCUAAAAGCCCAACACGAAGCCCAUCACCGGCAAGGAAUUCAGACCCAGAAGGAGGUGGAAAGAAAAAGAAGAAAAAGAAGGACAAGAAACACAAAAAGGAUAAGAAGCACAAGAAGCACAAAAAACACAAGAAGGAGAAGGCCGUAGCUGCCGCGGCUGCAGCUGCCGUAACCCCUGCAGCCGUGGCUGCCCCCACAACCACCUCAGCACAGGAGGAGCCAGAGCCAGAGCCAGAGCCUAAGAAGGAGACUGAAAGUGAGGCUGAAGAUAACCUUGAUGACUUAGAAAAGCACCUGCGUGAAAAGGCCCUGAGAUCAAUGCGGAAGGCUCAAGUGUCCUUUACAUAA